GCAAACAGUAAGAGAGAGGGAGGACAUGGGAGGAAAAAGAAAAGAAGGAAGGGGAGUGAGGAGAGAUAGGAGAAAGGAAAGGAAGGGGUGUAGACAGGGAGAGAGAGAGAGAAAGAGAGAGAGAGCAGGAGUGCUGGUCUCAGUUCAUGUCUGGCUGUGUGUAGUCUGUGGUUGUGAGAGGACUUUUUUUUUUACUUUUUUAAACACUGAUCAUUUUCAGUGUCUGGUCUGAUCAGAUCUGAGUCUGCUCUGAUUGAUCUGAUCUGAUCUGUAGAUGCUGAUGUUUUGUUUUUCGUCUCUCCGGUCAUGGGGUGUGUGUUCUCUUUGCCUGAGGACAGACUGGCAGCAGCGGAGAGGGCAGCACCAAUGCAGGAGAACAGCUUUAUUGAGAAAAUGAAGAAAACUAACAGAAAUGUUAUAGUGUUCUACGGCUCUCAGACGGGCACGGCUGAGGAGUUCGCUACCCGCCUGGUGAAGGAUGCUCAGCGCUAUGGUAUAAAAGGCAUGGUGGCUGACCCUGAGGAGUACGACAUGUCUGAGCUGCCUCGUCUCACAGAGGUUGUGAACUCCCUGGCUGUGUUUUGCAUGGCCACUUAUGGGGAAGGAGAACCGACUGAUAACGCCCAGGGCUUUUACGACUGGAUGCAAGUGACAGACGUCAGUCUGGAAGGAGUUCAUUUCUCAGUGUUUGGGUUGGGGAAUAAAACCUAUGACCACUACAAUGCCAUGGGGAAAUACACAGACAGACGGCUGGCAGAGCUGGGUGCUACACAAAUUUUUGACCUGGGCCUUGGAGAUGACGAUGGCAACUUGGAGGAAGACUUCAUCUCAUGGAAGGCACAGUUCUGGCCAGCUGUAUGUGCGUUUUUUGGAGUGCAGCCGACACAAGAGGAAUGCAGCGUCCGGCAGUUUGAACUGGUGGUCCACAAUGACAUUGAUUUGAAUGAGGUGUACACAGGCGAGGUGGGCUGUCUCAAAAGCUUUCAGGUCCAGAAACCGCCUUUUGAUGCAAAGAAUCCAUACUUGGCAGAGGUAACCGUGAACCGUAAACUAAACCAGGGUGGGAGUCGCCAUUUAAUGCAUUUACAACUGGACAUCUCUGGCUCUAAAAUCAGGUAUGAUGCUGGAGACCACGUUGCUGUGUACCCCGUGAACGAUGUGUCACUGGUGAACAGACUGGGAGAGAGACUUGGUAUCGACCUCGACACAGUCAUCACUCUGAAGAAUCUAGAUGAGGAGGCCAGUAAGAAGCACCCGUUCCCCUGCCCCACCACCUACCGCACAGCUCUGACCCACUACCUGGACAUCACCAAUCCACCGCAUACAAAUGUGCUGUUUGAGCUGUCUCAGUACGCCUCUGACCCAGAGGAGAGGGAGAGGAUGUGCAGGAUGUCCUCCUCCUCUUCUGAGGGCAAGGCUCUGUACCACAGUUGGGUGGUGGAGUCUGAGAGGAACAUCCUGGCUGUUUUAGAGGACCUGCCGUCUCUGAACCCUCCUGUAGAUUACCUGUGUGAGCUUCUACCUCGUCUGCAGGCACGCUACUACUCCAUAGCAUCAUCUGCUAAGGUCCACCCCACCUCUAUACACAUCUGUGCUGUGGUGCUAGACUACACUACCAAGACAGGGCGAGUCUUCAAGGGAGUAGCCACCAACUGGCUCAAAAACAAAGUGAAGACUGAGGGUGGUCCCUGGCCCACUGUGCCCAUCUACGUCAGAAAGUCGCAGUUCCGCCUCCCGUUCAAAGCCAGCAAUCCUGUAAUUAUGAUUGGGCCAGGCACCGGAAUCGCUCCCUUCAUGGGCUUCCUCCAGGAGAGAGCAUGGCAGAAACAACAAGGAAAUGAAACUGGUGAGACAGUCCUUUACUUCGGCUGCCGGCAUAAGAAUGAGGACUUCAUUUACCAGGAAGAACUCGAGGAGUUUAAGAAGGCCGGGGUGCUGACACAGUUACAUGUGGCCUUUUCCAGGGAUCAGGAGCACAAGGUCUAUGUCCAACAUCUCCUCAAACAGAACAAGGAACAUUUAUGGAAGCUGAUCCACAGCAACAAUGCACACAUCUACGUCUGCGGUGAUGCUCGUAACAUGGCCAGGGACGUCCAUGAGGCUUUUCACGAGAUCGCUGAGGAGGCUGGAGGCCUGACACACACUCAGGCUGUGGACUAUUUCCAGCGGCUGAUGACUAAAGGCCGCUACUCGCAGGACGUGUGGAGCUGAACCAGACUGUGAUCAUUACUUUACCUCUGAUUUUAUACCAUUACUUCAGUUAUAUUUACUGCUUGCGUGCACUGUUACCAGCUCACCAUGAGCUGAAGCGAGACUGUGACAUUGUGAGAUGUACACACAGUAAUUUCAGAACAUUAUGACCAUAUAGGAACAGUUAUGGUAGGAACUGUAGUUCUUCUGUUUUCCUGCCUACCUUGUUAUUCUCCUUUCACCCCAUUUCUAUAAAAAAGAGAGUUCUGACUGUGUAUAACCACUGAUAAGUAAGUUACAGGGGUUAAUGCACUAGACCAUGAUAUUGCAAUUGAAUUAGCGCCAGUGGAACACAAACACUCCACUGCACAACAAUCAGUAUUACAACAUUUUGUAUUUCUUUUAUCAAGUGUGAAAUAAUCCUUAAUAUUCAUGAUUAUAUUUAUUUAUUUAAUAAAGAUAUAUUAGUUUUUUGAAUGAAACAAAACAAUUACCUUUUUGUUUUAUGAAUGAAUGAAGUUCAACUCAUAUAGCGCCUUUCUAGAAACCCAAGGACGCUUUACAAUUAACACGUUUUUACACACAAGCACAUUACCUCCACACACCGGUAAGAAGCGGCAGCCAAUAGCACACAGCGUACUCUCAACCGGAAACAACCAUCCACCUGGAGGACUGCAUCAGGCACUACAGCAUUUACCCAGGACAGAGUACCAAUCCAUAUCUGGGCACACAGUCAUACACACACAUUUACACACACACACACAAACUUACAUACAUACCACACACCGGAUCAAUUUAGAGUAUUCAAUUUUUCUGGGCAAUUUAGUGUGUCCAAUUUACCUGAUCUCCAUGUUUUUGGACUGUGGGAGGAAACCGGAGUCCCCGGAGGAAACCCACGCAGACACGGGGAGAACAUGCAAACUCCACACAGAUCGGGACUUGAACCCAAGACCCCAGUGCUGGGAGGCGAACAUGCUAACCACUAAGCCACCACUGCCGCCAUCAGUUUUACUGACAAUGUUUUAUCUGUUGACAAAAAGUGACGUUAUCAAAGGGGUGUGAUUAUUUUAUAAAGUCAUUAAAAAAA